AUUUCAAAUACUAAUUUAUACUUUAAAUCCUUUUUAAUAAUUUAGAUGUAGUUUUUAAGUAAAAAAUUAUGGGACAAACUUCAGGAAAGUAUCGUGGCGAAACAGACUUAUCAUCAGCUCUAGACUUCAACCCUAAAAAACCAGUAGAUGAAUCACACGAAGUCAAGUCUGAAUCAUUUGAAAAAUGCAGUUUGCGCCAUGUCAUUGAUGAUGGUGGAGAUGGUUUUGUUCCAGUUGAUUUGGAUGUAUCGGCAAAAAGAUCAACAGUUCCCACUAUCUUUCGUUGGGAAUAUGGUGGUAAAGAAGUUUAUGUGUCAGGGACAUUUAAUAAAUGGAAAACUCGUUUUCCUUUGACCUACAGUGGAGGUGAACAUGCAGCUAUUAUUGAUUUGCCAAGUGGAGAACAUCAUUACAAGUUUUUAGUUGACGGAAAUUGGGUACAUGAUCCACAUCAGAAAACAGUUGAUGAUGAACUUGGAGGACAUAGUAAUGUUAUUUAUGUUAAUGAAUCUGAUUUUGACCCAACACAGGCUUUACUAAAUGAUGAAUGUGGUACCAAUGUUCCUCUUGGAGCAAGCUCUUCAUCUCUUAGCAGAAUGUCUCCUCCUGGUAAUUACGGUCAGUUUAUCCCGGAUAUUAGUCAAAUCUCUCAAGAACCUUGGGCAAAGACUGCCAAUUUAAUUCCCCCUUUGUUACCUCCUCAUCUACUUGAUGUUAUUUUAAAUAAUGAUGUUGUCGACGAGGAUGAUCCAGUCGUUUUACCUAUUCCAAAUCACGUGGCAUUAAAUCACCUUUACGCACUUUCCAUUAAGGAUAAUGUGAUGACUCUAAGUACAACUCACCGCUACAAGAAAAAAUAUAUUACGACGGUAAUGUACAAACCUAUAAAUGUUCAUUAAAACUAGUUGUAUUCCAAAAAAAUUGUUUUAUUACUCAUUUUGUAUGUGUUUUUUUUUUGUUUUUGUUUUUGUUUUUUUCUUUCCUUAUCUUUUAAAUAAAUUUUAAUAGCAUAUAUACACAAAACUUUUAAAAUCUUCCAAGAAACUUUGCUACUUAAAAAACCAGGUUUUUUAGCUUUCCGUGACUUCGCACAUUUAGGAAUUAAUAACACCGCUCUUUAUAAGCACGCAAUUAAAGCAGCAGUUUUUUAUUUUAUAUUAAAAUCUUGUAUAAAAAAACUUAUUAAAGAAAAAUAAUAGUAAAUA